AUGUUUAGAAUUAAUAGUACAAUAUUACAAAAGACAACAACAACAUUAUGUUGUCGAUAUGCUUCAUCAGCAUCAUCAUCAACGAUGAUAAUGAUCAAUAGAAACUAUACUACAAACAAAAAGAACAACACCGAUGAUGAAGAUCCGUUAUCAGCAUUUUCAAACAACAAACCAACCGAACCAACAUCAUACGACAAGAUCUUUAGUGGAUUUAAACAAACAACGAGUGUAUAUGAACGAGAGAUUGAAGAGCAGAGAAGUAGAUAUGAAAAGGCAAAGGAGGAUGAAAAGAAAGCAAAUCCAUAUUGGAAGAAAAUACUGUCAAAGAAGAGCGAGCUUGCAUGGGCUAUCCUUGGUGUCGGCACAUUCAUUCUCAUGUUUAAAUCAUUUGCACAGUCCAAACAGAAUCAAUCACUCUCUCAACAAGUUCAAGUGCACAAAACAUCAACCAUCAAUGAAAUCGAUCAACUUAAACUUCAACUAUCCAAUCUACAAUCGGUCAGCGAUCAACAACUAAAAGAAUUAAUUGUCAAUAUCAACAACAACAACAACAACAACAACAACAACAAAUCUACAACACCCAAUAUAAAUCAAACAUCAACUAUAGUACAACAAAGUGGUGGUGAAGUAGAAGACCUUCAUCUUCUCUUGCAAUCCAUUAAACAUAUUUUAAAUAGUAAUAAUAGUAAUAAUAAUAACAGUGAUGAUAGUCCAAAAUAA